AUGCGCAGUGGGUGUGUUUCUGCAAAGAUGGCGCUGUGCAGAGCAGCUCCACGGCUCUGGAGGACAUGCAGUUCCUCUCUGCUCCCCGCCGCUGUCCGCUUCCAGAGCUCCGCCAGCAUCACACCGACCCCUGCCGUGCUCCAGCUCCCGAGGACGAGCCUCUCUGCGCCCCCGUGGGCCGACGCUCUUGCCCCGGUGUCUCUGGAGGAGGAGCAGCGGCAGCACGGAGCAGUGGUGGCCGCCGUGAACGCGCUCAUCUCACGGCAGGACUACGGCAGACUGUUCGCUGUGGUGCACUUCGCUGGGAGGCAGUGGAAGGUGACUGACGAGGACCUCAUUCUGGUGGAGAACCACAUCGAGGCGGAGUGUGGCGACCGCAUCAGGCUGGAGAAGGUGCUGCUGGUGGGGGCCCAGGACUUCACUCUGCUGGGGCGCCCCCUGCUGGCCAAGGAGCUGGUCUGCGUCGAGGCCACGGUCAUCGAGAAGACCGAGUCCAGGCCCAAAGUCCACAUGCAGUUCCACAAACGCAAGCGGUUCCAGAGGACCAAGAUCAUAGUGCAGCCUCAAACCGUGCUGAGAAUAAACAACGUAAGACUCUCCUCGGCCGCGCUCACGUGA